AUGCUCCCUCUACGGUCCGCCAUCUUGAGGCCAGGACCUCCUCUAGAGGUGCUCCUGUGCUCACGAUGUCUGGUCAAAUCGCGGCCUUACCCCCCGUCUGCGACACGGGGCUUCUGGUCAUCCUCGCAUCGGCGGACCGGCAUAGCGGAUAACCAAGCUCCCUCCGCCUUCCACAAGACAUAUUUCUCUGCCAAUCGCCUCUACGAUGCCUCAGGAUUGAAGGGAGGCUUCAUCUCGUCUUUUGCCUCUGCCAAUUCCGAUAACCCCGCGACUCCGCGUACCUCACAACCUUCGAGCGACACAAACGCAAACCCGCCCGAUUCGUCUGAAACAGCAUCUUCUGGACCAAUUAGUGCAGAGUCCAACCAAAUUGAACUCCCACAUCGACGGAGGAAGCGUUUGAAGGAAUCGGCGCCAGAAAAUGACAAAGCAGAGCAUGUCAUGCCACUCGAUGCGUCCGCGCAAUUGUCAAAUCUCUCCUCCGCUCUCCCCACCACCUCCAUCCGCCGUAAACUGGCCGCAUACCUCGCUCUCACGAAACCCCGACUAUCUUUCCUAAUACUCCUCACUACUACAUCGGCCUAUGGCAUGUAUCCGAUUUCGACGUUGCUCGCCCUCGACCCGGCCAUGACCCCACUCCCAACCCUCUCGACCUCGACAUUAACCUUCAUAUAUCUGACAACGGGCACAUUUCUGUCAUGUUGCAGUGCGAACACAUUGAACAUGAUGUUUGAGCCCAAGUACGAUGCGUUGAUGUCGCGCACGCGGAAUCGUCCGCUGGUCCGCGGGCUGGUGUCGCGUCGCGGAGCGCUGCUCUUUGCCAUUGGCACCGCGGUUACUGGUCUCGGGCUGCUGUAUGUGGGUACCAACCCAACUACCACGGCGCUUUCUGCAGCCAACAUCUUCUUGUACGCAUUUGUCUAUACUCCGCUGAAGCGGAUCAGCGUGAUUAAUACCUGGGUCGGUGCCGUGGUGGGUGGCAUCCCCCCUUUGAUGGGAUGGGUUGCCGCUGCAGGACAGACGGCAACGACUGGUCAUGAUACAUGGCGCGAUAUGCUUUUCAGCGAGGACAGCAUCGGCGGGUGGCUGUUGGGUGGCAUUUUGUUUGCCUGGCAGUUUCCCCAUUUCAACGCUCUCUCGCAUCUCAUUCGCGAUGAGUACAAGGGCGCUGGCUACAGAAUGUUGGCCUGGGUUAAUCCCGCUCAGAAUGCUCGGGUAGCCCUGCGCUACUCGGUGCUUAUGUUCCCCUUCUCCAUCGGCCUUUGGUGGGUCGGUGUAGUUGGCCACGGCUUCCUCGUUGGAAGUACCUUGGCCAACGGCUGGCUUGUUCGCAAGGCCUAUCAGUUCUGGCGGCUUCAGGGCGCUCAGGGCAGUGCCCGUGGCCUCUUCUGGGCUAGUAUCUGGCAACUUCCUAUCCUGCUUGUCGGUGGUCUAGUCACCAAGAAGGGUCUCUGGGAUGGCGUCUGGCGCAAUGUCUUUGGACAGCCCGAGGAAGAUGAAGAUGAAUAUCUCUAUUAUGAAGAUACGGAGGAAGCUUCAGAUGACUCUACUCUUGCUCACGGAGGGAAGUCUUCCCGUUCGUCGAGUCGGGCUAGUGUUUUGUCAUCUACAUAA